CCAUCAACAUAUUUUUGUUUUAUUUUAAUUUAUUCUUAUUGAACCUUCGAGUAAAUACCAUGUCUGCUCAAGAAAGUAACCAGAGCUUUAAGCUCGAACACCUUUUCAAUCUGAAGGGCAGAGUCGCUCUUGUCACCGGUGGAGGGUCAGGCAUUGGCUUGAUGGCCACUCAAUCUCUCGCCGUCAAUGGUGCUAAGGUCUAUAUCACUGGUCGCACAAAGGAAAAACUAGACCGUGUUGCAGAGAUAUACUCGAAGGAUAUUCCAGGCCAAAUCAUCCCGAUUGCUGCCGACGUCACCUCGAAGGAGUCGAUUCAGAAGCUUGUCGACGAGAUAUCCGCCAAGGAGUCGAAACUGCACAUUUUGAUCAACAAUGCCGGUAUUAGCUCUCCAACUCAGGACACAGACCAAAAGGACCCCAAAAAAUUACAGGAAGCGCUGUUCAAAAACCAGAGUAAAUUCCAGGAGUGGGAAGAAGUUAUGCGCACCAAUGUCGCUCAGCUUUUCUUCGUGACCACUGCUUUCCUCCCCUUACUGAACAAGGGUACAGAGGAGAAGCGCGGCUGGUCUAGUACUGUUAUCAACAUCUCGUCGAUCUCAGGCCUCGUCAAAACAUCCCAGCAUCACUUCGCCUACAACGCUAGUAAGGCAGCUGCUGUUCAUCUAACUAAGAUGUUGGCUCAUGAGAUUGUUUCCUCGGAACUCAAAAUUCGCGUGAACAACAUCGCUCCCGGGGUCUUCCCGUCCGAAAUGACGACUGAAGGCAGUGAUGAGAAACAAAAGAGCACAAUCCCAAAAGAAAAGUUCGAAGGCAAAGUCCCCGCUGCGCGACCAGGGAAAGAUGAAGACAUAGGAAGUACUGUUCUAUUCACUGUCUCAAAUCAAUAUCUCAAUGGUCAAACAAUUGUUGUGGACGGUGGAUAUUUGCUGGCAACUGGCACACUCUAAUAUACUAUUUCAAGAACAUAUGUAUCACGCCUAAAAUAUCAUGGCAGAUUAAUUAUUCCAAUCCAAUCAUUUCAUGUUUCGCG